AUGAUUGUGAAUAACAAACAGAGUUGUCGAAAAGGAACAAUGAAAGAAAGCUUAUGGGAAAUUGCUAAGAAAAAGAAUUUAGAUAUACAAAAUACAAAUAUAGGAGAAAGGAGUUUAAUUAUUGUCGGAAGCAAAUCAUCAGGUAAAUCAACUAUGAUACAAAGAUUUUUAGAUCAGAAUGAACCAGUAAAAAAAACACUUGCUAUGGAAUAUAAUUUUGGAAGAAAAUCAGGAAGAAGUUUAGCAAAAGAUAUUUGUCAUGUUUGGGAAUUAGGUGGAGAAACAACUUUUGUCAAUUUAUUAAAUGUUUAUUUGGGUCUUAACAAGAAUACAACUUUGGUACUCGUUUUGGAUUUAUCGACACCAGAAACAAUGUGGAAUGCAUUGGAAACAAUACUUCAAACAUCAUAUAACAUAUUGAAAAAGAAAGAAAUAACAGAUACAUUUGAAAAUUGUGGUAAUAAAAUAGAUGAGAGUCAUGAAGAUUUUGAAUAUAUAAAUCCAUUUCCAAUUCCUUUGGUUAUUGUCGGUGGAAAAUAUGAUUUGUUUGAAAGUUUCGAACCAGAAAAAAAAAAAUUGAUUUGUCGAACACUCAGACAAGUAGCUCAUUCUCAAGGAGCUUCUUUGUUAUUUUAUUCUGAUAAAGAUUCAAAUCUUGUUAAAAAAUUAAAAGAUAUUUUUCAUCAUCAUGGUUUUAACGGUUCACAAUGGAAGGGAUGUUCAAUGGAUUAUAAUAAACCACUUCUUAUACCUUAUGGAGCUGAUUCUUAUAGUCAAUUAGAUGUUAAUGUUAAAACUUUACAUUCAUCAAAUCAAGGGAUUAUAAUAGAAAGAUUUAAACAUAUUUUCACAACUAAAUUUCCUCAGACUUCUGAACUAGAGACGUUUAACAUUUCUGAUGACCCUUCGAAAAAUCCGAAUUUUAAAGAACCAGCCAUUGAUAUAUUACGUGCUCAAAAAGACGAAGUGAGUCUACUUAAAUCAUACUAUUAA